AGGAAGAGAAAAAGGAAAGAGAUGGGAGUAAAAGCCAAGGCCAAAGAGCGAUGAAGCUUUGGGAAUUGACUGCGGUACUGUGCCUGAUAUGGGCGCUAACGCUCCUCUACGGCGAAAUGCUCGCCUUCCGGCUGCCGUCUCUCUCCACUUGUCGAUGGCCUCAUCAUCACUCUCAAUCUCUCGACUAUGUCAAGGUGGCCGUCCUCACAGACCCGCAGCUGACGGACAGAACCUCCCUCCCUCUCCCUCCAAAAUCUCUCGCUCUCGAAUUGGUUCAAUUCUACUCCGACCUCUACAUGCGCCGAGCUUUCCUUUCCUCCGUGCUCCCCUUCGAUCCCGAUGUCAUUCUCUUCUUAGGUGAUUAUUUCGACGGCGGUCCUUAUCUCUCUGAUCAUGAGUGGAAGGAAUCGUUGAGCCGUCUCAAACAUAUUUUUUCACUGAGCAGCCAAGAACGACAUUCAACUAUACCGGUUUACCGCAUUCCGGGAAACCAUGACAUCGGAUAUGAGUUUCUCCACUCUCGUAGGCCACAGGCAAUCAGACGAUAUGAAAAGGAAUUUGGUAGCCGAAAUUAUCAAUUUACGGUUGGAAAAGUGGAGUUCAUUGCCAUUGAUUCCCAAGCUAUUGAUGGAAAUCCUCAAGGAUAUCUGGCUUCCUCUACGCGUGCUUUUGUGAAGAAUGUCUCUCUCGAUGUUCAAGCUUAUCCAAGGGUUUUAUUGUCCCAUAUUCCAUUAUAUCGACAGGAUGGAACAGAUUGUGGUCCCAAUCGUAAGUCAGAAAUUAUCAACCAGCGGAUUCAUGUGCAUUCUCCUGAUAUUCAAGAAAUAGUGUACCAGAAUUACGUUACCAAGGAAUCUUCAAACUAUUUAUUGGACUCCAUUCAACCAGUACUUGUUUUAUCUGGUCAUGAUCAUGAUCAGUGUGAUGUUGUCCACAAGUCAAAAUAUGGGCCUGUGAAGGAGCACACUGUGGGGACAAUAAGCUGGCAGCAGGGAAAUGUGUAUCCAUCUUUCAUGUUAUUGUCUGCUAGUAAUUUUGUACCUUCAAAUACAGCCAGUUCUGAAGAGGCAGUCUUAACUCAACUGUGCUUUCUUCCUGUGCAACUACACAUUUAUAUAUGGUAUCUGUCACUAUUUGUUUUUACCCUUCUUGCCCUCCUGCUUUGGCCAACUGGUGGUGUGAGUUUUUGGCAUCAUUUUAGUGAUCUAAUGGUGUUUGGCAAACAACUAAUAAGUAGCAUUACAAGUAGACCAAAAGAGAAAGAUGAAGAUCUAAACUGUGAGUAUGAGAUGAUGUGGGAUGCAGAAGGAUCAAUGCAACUUGUCAAGAAAAUUUUAAACGUUGCUGUUACCUGCAUAAGUGAGACAAGCUCAGUUGAAAGAGGUACUGCUGUGAUGCGGCCGACAGCUAUAAAGAAUAUUUCUCAGGAGUUAGAGGUUUCUGUGAAUGCCGAUGCCGAUGCGUUUGAUCCUAUGGCAAAGACACUUUCUAGAGCAAGUAAAUCUUGGACAAAGUUGGUAAUCCAAAGAUUGGUCCGGACAUUUCGAAUGGUCACAAUCAUCGCUGCUGUAAAUGUGCCCAUUUAUAUGUUGUUACUUUUCAAGGAUUGGAUUGACUAAUUGCAUCCAAUUUGAAAAUUCAAUGGAUUAUGGCUAAAAAAAGAAGAUUCAAUGUGCUCUGCUCCAUGAAGUAAAAGGACACCAUUUCAAAGUAUAGCUCCCAUCUUGAAGUUCCUCAUUCAUCAGGUGAAUGAAUUCUAUUACUUUGUCUGAUAGCAUCUUCAUGUUCUUGUGAUCUUAUAGAGAAUCUUAAAUCUUGUAAUCUGUAGCAGCUGAAAGUGUUUCAUAAAAGUCAUGUAAAUCGAUCUGUAUUGGUGUAAUUUGACUGUAGUUUGUAAAAGGAACAUGUUUUGCUUUUACUGGCA